GUGUACAAUAAGUGUACAAUUAACGAUACGAUAUCGGACGUUUGAAUGCAGUUUAAUCUUACAUAGUUCGUUGAUAAUCAAUAGGUUCCUGUUAUUUGUCAUUUUUAUCGUGCAAGGCGUGCGGGUUGCGAUAAACUUAAUACGUCUUUCGAUUUCGUAAAUUGGUAAACUAGGUAUUUCGCGACAGUGGUUGUGUGUUUGUGCGCCGUUGUGUCUGUUGUGAGUUACUGCAUAGUAUUACAUACUAUUAACUACGCUACGCGUAAAUAUGAAUGCCUGGUUUCGAACUGGGUCUUGUCGUAAGACGAAGCGGUAAAUGACGAAGGAACUAGUAGUAGUGGAACUACUAGUCGUGAGAUUGUUGAUGGGUCAAGUUUGAAUAUAACAAAGAAAACUAAAAUAUAUUUUCGUAAGUAUAGCGCAGAUAGUGACUUUCUCGUGAAGAACAAGCAAUGUCAAAAAUCACAUUAAAUUGUUUAUCUUUUAUCUCGUGUUUAUCUUGUGAUAAAGUUGAAUCAAGUUUUUUUUUACAUCUUUUAUUCCUAAUAACUAUGUAAAUAAUAAUUAUAUAUUAUAAUUUUAUGAAAACGUAUAUAGGUAUGCUAUGAGUGGGCCUCAAAUAUUUUUUUCACAAAAUUAGUCGUCCGCGAAACUAAAAAGGUCGGGAACCGCUGUUAUAAUACAUGAUAUUUAUAUAGGUAUAUUAAUAUUGAAAUUUUAUAAUUUUAAUAAUAGCCUAUACUACCACUAUAAUUAGUAUUAUUGUACGAAUGUACCAUCGUUUCCAGUCCUGUAUAUCUUAGUCCGUGGUUUUAAUGAUUUAAUGUGGAAAUAAUAAUAUAAUAUAAUAUAUUAUAUUAAUAGAAUGGCUUUGCCUUUAGAGUAGAUGAGGUAGUAACCGGUCAGACACACUACAGUGGUGUACAGUAUAAUCACAUCGGUGUUGUUAUUGCAUGUGUAGUAGUACCAAUGUACAAUAAUACCACGUAAAAGUCACAAGUCACUCGUGAGGAGCGCCCUCUAUCUAUGACUGUUCUUCGUACACAAAAGGCUCGUCUAUGAUAAUAUUUCAUUUUCUCAAGUUGAUAGUAUUCGCCAGUCCCAGUCAAGAUUUAUAGAUAAUAGGUUUAUAUUACCUAUUAACCUUAAGUCCUAGUUAGUAGCAGCGUUGAUUGAUAAAUAUGCCUAAAUAGUGGUAGCUGUAGUGAGCAGUUACAACUGCUUAGAAUCGAUUAUCAAUCUAUGAGGUAAGGUAACUGUAUCGUUUAUUCCAAGCAGAAUAAAUAGGUAAUAGAUACUGAUAAGAACUGUUUAUUUAAUGAGUGAAUAAUAUUGGUAUAAAUAGUUUUUUUUUUUUUUUACUUUCUAGUAAAAUACUUUCAACCGAAAUAUUUUUCUGCUUAAAUACGGUUCAGCUGAAUUAUUUUCAGCUGUUUUACGCGCUCCCGUAUGAACCACAUAGCCAUAUAAUUUAUAUGGUACAUAUUAUGUCUAUGAUGAACCACCGAGUUUGAAGUUUUUUAUUUUAUUAAUAAAAAAAGUAUUCCUAAACUAUCAAUCCGCUGAGGAAUCCGCUAAUUUGGCAGAUGGAUUUAGGUACACAUAUUUUACACACUCGUUACCUGUGUUAUUGUUUUUAUUUAUGAUAUCACUACAGAAUAAAUAACAAAAUAAUUGCAACGUUGUUAUUUCAUGGAACAGUAUACGUAUUCAUUGUUGUUCAUUUUAUAGUUUAUUAUCAGUCGGACAACAUUGAAAAUAACAUGGUAUACUCUAUUGCUGUUGAUUAAACCGAAAAAAAAAGACAACGUUGGACUCGUUGAAGAUAAUGGCUUUAUUGUACAGCAAAUAUUAAACACUAAUCAUGCAAUCAUUUUUGAAAAAACAUAUGUGACUGUGUUAGAUUUUGAAAUUAUUAUUAUUGUCAUUUUUAUAUUUUUUGUUUAAUUAUUUAUAUACAUAUAUAUAUAUAUAUAUAUAUUUUUUAUUCCGACGGAUUUUAAUUGAAAUUUAUUUUUAAAAUUCGUUGACUUUGUGUACCUGUCAUUGUCGAAUUUAUGACCGCCAUUGUUCGUCGUGAACCUAAAAGCUGUUGCCCAGGUGUCCUUGUGUUGGUGAGUUUUUUUGUCCGGCUGUCUAAAUGAACGAGGAUAGUUUGCAAACCAACUGUAUACCACAGCAGCCGUCACCUACCACAUCCGUUUACCAGUCUAUCGUGCCCGAAGUCGAUUUCGAACAUCCCUUAAGCGACAACCUGGACGCUAAAGAUAGAGAAAAUCAACCUUUAUUAGGACGUAUGGAUCAUACUCCAGGGUACAAUCAUUUUCCUGGUAAUAAUUAAAAUACAAUUUAUUAUUUUCCAAUUUUUAAUGCAUUAUAUGUUACACCGUAUCAGUGAAAUUGGUAUAAUUUGGUAUAAUAUACCUUAUGUAUAUUAUAUUUUAUAUUUUUGUAUACAUUUUGAUUUCGUGCUGUUAGUUUUAACAUUAGAUUGUAUUUGCAGGUAAGAGCAUUGUCUAUAUUUCUAUGUGGGUUUUUUUUUCGAUAUUUUAAUUUUCAGGAGAGUUAUGAUUAUUUGAAUUAAUGAGAAAAAAGUAUAAAUAUAACACAAUUUCAUCAAUAGGGUAUACCCAUAUACAAGUAUUUAAACGAUAAUAUGUAUUUUGCUGUGUGUGUGUGUGUAAUUGUUUGUCUUGAUAAUUGUUCAAUGCUACAUGAUUAGUCAUAAAGGUUAGGUACCUAGUUAAAUAAAAACAAAAAUACUACGUAAUAAACUUUAAUAUUGUGAGUAUUUCUCAACUAUAAAAUACAUAUUAAUAUCAAAUAAUAAUCAUUCAAAACAGUGGCGUGGUCCAAAGUGUUUUUAGUGGACAUGGACCAAGGUAUUUUUGUGUGAGUGGAUCUCAACUUCCAAGAGAAUAAAAAAAUUAAUUGUGUUAUGUAACAAUGUAGUUAUUUUGCUUAUAGUUGGACAUACAAUGAUUAUGGGUAAUUCCUACGCAAUGAUAAUAAUUCUGUGUUCUAGGUAUUGCAAUUACAAAUUGUAUCACUUAGAUAAAUUUGUUUGUACAUAGAUAUAUAAGGAUAGGUUAAAUAUGGUAUUUACACACUUUUUUUUUAUACUUGGUUGCUAUUUUUGUUAGGCAGUGACAAUAUAUAUAUUCUUUUAUAAUAUAUAUUCCUUUUUUAUAAAAAUUAUUUUGGUAUAAGUCAGUGUUGUAUGUAUGGUUUGUAUAUUGUACGGGGAUAAUUAUUGCCAUAUGCAAAUGUGUUUUUGAUAUUACACAAAACUAAUGGUGCUAGGUAUAUAUUUUCUUCACAAAUAGAAUUUGGAAAACACAUUUUCUUCACAUUUUUCAUAUAUUUUAAAAUAUUAUAGGUAGGUACCUACUUUAAUAUUAACAAUUUAAUUAUUUCUAAAAAAUGUUGGUACAUUAAAUUAGUUUUUUUUUAUGUGAAUGAUUAUUAAUCUAAUGAACUUUGUAUCUGGGUAGUAUUAAUACCUAUUCAAUAUAGAUAUUUUGUUAUCUUUUAUAAAUUAAGUCAAUUAAAUUUGUGUUAUUAGCAAGGUUGUUUAUCAGUUAAGAUAAACAUGGUUAUAAGGCACUGAAUAUAAUAAAAUUAUUAUAAUUCAUACCUGUCAACUGUUAAUACAUUGUAAUACAUAGGUAAUAGUUAUUAAAAGCUUACAUUUUAAGGUCAUUUUUUGUUGAUUACCCGCUACUAGUUUAUUUUGAAAUCUAUAGAUAGUUUUUUUUAUGUAUAUAUAGUUUUAUAUAUUUUUGAUAAUGUGUAAUGAAAUAUUUUCUAAAUAAAUAUCUGAUUUAAUAAAUACAAAUAUAUUAGAUUAGAAACCACACCUCUAUAAGUAGUCACUAAAAAUAUUGUACUUGAGGUAUCAUUAUUGUUUAUGAAAAGAUAACAUUAUGACAUUAGCUACUUACCUAAUCAUUCAUUUUUCACAUUAUCUAGUUUAUUACCUAUAUUUAUUUUAGUAAAGUUAUUUUGUAUCAAUACAUUAUAGUAGAAUAAAUUUAACAAUAUCUGCCUAUAAUAUUAUUUUAUAAUUUAUAGAAUUUUAAAAUACCUACAUAAUGUUUGAAGAUAUAACUAUAGUUGAUUAUGAUUGUUAUCAAAAGAAUGGUAAAUCAUAUAUCUAUACUUGUACUUAGGUCGAUAAAUUUAAUUGAACAUUUUUUAAUUAGAACUGUACUUCUUUAUAGAUGAUCCAGCAUUCAGUUUUGUUAUUAAACAAGCAGAAAUAGCUAUAGAUAACAGUGUAUUCCCUGAUCGAAUUUACCAAGGGUCCAGUGGAAGUUAUUUUGUUAAAGAUACAAAUGGUGUAAGUUUUUAUUUAUGAAAAAUACAUUUUGAAAAGACUAAAACGGUAAUAAGACAUAAAUGUUAAGUUUAAAAAAAAGACUGACAUACUUCGCACAAUGGGUGGGCUGUUGUAGGUGAGACGUUGGGAAGGUAUUAUAUAUAGGGGAAUUUAAUGUAUACCUGUACGCAACUAUAAACCAUUGUUAACGAAAAAUGAUUUGGAAUGAAGUUUCUUUUAUAAAGUAUAAACAUACUUUAAAAUUUUAAGGUAAAAUUAAAUUAUAUUAUAAUAGUUCAUGAUUUAUUUAGUGUAUGGUUUGUAUGGUUACAUGCUUAAUUGAAAAUAAUACAAUAUAGAAUAUAAUAAAUAAAAUGAUAUAAAAUAAAGUAUAUUAUAUAAAACAGAAAACAAUAACAUUGUGUAGAUCAGUAUGCUCAUUACCAAAGUAGGAGAUCUAAGUUCUCUAGCUAUUAAAUGAAAAAGGUAGUAGUUGUAAGACAGUCAACUUUUGGUCCCCAGUUGAUCAGAUUGGAGUAAUGUGGUUGAAUGUUUGCUCUUUUGCUUUAUAGUUGAAUUGGUAGAGAGUUUCUUAUGCUUCAUUUAUAUAUGGAGUCUGCACAUCUUACUCUGUUUAGUGUGCACUACAAAUUCUGCAAUUGUGGGUGUCUAGUCAAGGGUUAUAAUGUUGAGGAUAAGAUCUUCCAUAAUUUUUUAUCUCGCUAUUAUGUUGAAGCUGACAUUAUCCAGAUCAGUUGUAAUUCUGAUUGGGGGGUUUCUGGACUUAGUUUUUUUACUGUAUCAAUUAUAAAUGUGUCGGGGUUGUUGAUGUAGAAGUGAUUGCAGCCAAUGUUGGAAAUCCGUAAGUCAGGGUAGAUUUAAUAGUACCAGCUAUUAACCUGAUGUUAUUGAAUUGAAGAUUCAAAUUAUAGUUAAUUAUUAUCAUGUUGUGUUAAUAAAUAAUUUUUUUUUUCAUUUAGAAAAUUAUUGGUGUUUUUAAACCAAAAGAUGAAGAACCGUAUGGAUUAUUGAAUCCAAAAUGGAUUAAAUGGUUACAUAAAAACUGUUGCCCUUGUUGUUUUGGUCGCUCAUGUUUAAUACCUAAUCAAGGAUACUUGUCUGAAGCUGGUGCUAGUCUUGUAUCAACAAAACUUGGAUUAAAUAUUGUACCCAAGACUAAGGUUGCAAAGCUAGUCAGUGAGACAUUUAAUUAUGGGCGUAUAGACAGAGAAAAGACAAGAAUGAAACAUGCUAUUAAUGAUCAUUUUCCAAAGUUGGGAAGGCGAUUUAAUAGACUUGGCCUCAGGCCAAAAGUAUGUACAUUGGAUUAUAAUUAUUUGAGCAAUAUAAUAAAGAGUUUACUAUUGCUUACAGAUAGGAUCAUUCCAAUUAUUCAUGGAAGGAUAUAAAGAUGCAGAAUAUUGGCUUAGGCGACUAGAAUUAGCUCCAUUACCAUUAAAUCUUCAAUCGCGUUUUCAACUUCAGUUUGAAAGACUAGUUGUUUUAGAUUAUAUUAUUCGAAAUACUGACCGAGGAAAUGAUAACUGGUUGAUUAGAUAUGAUCAACCAAGCUUGAGCUCAAGUCCUAAUGCCAGCCUUACUAAUUCUACAGUCAGUGAAAGCUCAAAUGUUUGUAAAUUCAUUUUUAUUAUUCUUUAUUAAUUUAUUUAAAUUGUUUAAUAUUUAUUGACCUUUAGGAAUGGAGUAAUGUCCAAGAACCAGACAUAAUAAUAGCAGCUAUUGAUAAUGGAUUAGCAUUUCCCUUUAAACAUCCAGACUCGUGGCGAGCAUAUCCCUAUCAUUGGGCAUGGCUUCCCCAAGCAAAAAUUCCUUUUAGCAAAGAUAUAAAAGAACUGGUAUUACCUUAUUUGUCUGAUAUGAAUUUCGUUCAGGAUUUAUGUGAUGAUCUUUACACAUUGUUUAAGGUAAAAAAAACAAAUAUAAAUUGCAGUGGUGUAUCUAGAAUUUUUUUUUUAAAUUAUGUUAUAUCUACCAAAAAAGAAAAAAAAAAUCAAACUUAUAAUUUCUUUAAUGGAUACAUUGCUGAUACUAUAUUAUCAGAAAUGUGCUGGUUAUAAUUAAUGUAAAACUUGACAAUUAUUUUUGUAGAUGGAUAAAGGAUUUGAUAGACAUAUGUUUGAAAAGCAAAUGAGUGUUAUGCGUGGACAAAUAUUAAAUUUAACUCAGGCUUUAAAAGAUGGUAAAAGUCCUGUUCAACUUGUUCAAAUGCCAGCUGUAAUUGUCGAACGGUAAUUAAAUUGUAUUAAUUUUUUAAAAAUAUUAGAUUAGUCUGUAAUAAAUUAUCAAUUUAACACCAUUUUUAAUAUUUUGUUUUUAAUAACAUAUUUUUAUUUUAGUAUUUUCAUUAACCAUUUUGUAUUCAACAUAUAAAUUAUUUCUAGAUUAUGAUUCAGUAGAAUCUAUUUAAAAAUAUAUAAUAAAAUAUUAAAGUAAUAACAAAAUUAUUAAAAUGGUUAAUACUCGUAAAUAAAUAUAUAAAUAAAAAUUAAAAAAAAAAAAUUAUAUCGCCCGGAGUAUUGUACGACCGGUUUCGAAUUAAAAAUUCAUCAUCAGAUAUAUCAUAGUUAGAAUUUAAAACGCGACUGAAUAUAAACAAAUUAAAUGAAAGAAUACAUAACAAACAAAAAUUUAAAUUUAAAUACUAUUAAAAAAAAAAGUUAAAAAUGUAUUAAAGAAAAAUAAUACACAAUUCAUUAAAUAAUGUUGUUAACUAUUGUAGUAUGAAAUAUCAAAAUAAUAUGUCUAACAAAUACGCUAAAAUUUUAAACAAUAAUACAAAUAAAGUAAAAAUCGCUUUUUAGACUAAUAAUAAUUUAAUCAAGCAUGUAAACAAUAGAAUUAAACAUUUCACACAACAUCCCCUUUCUUUUGAAAAUACUGGUAUAUAUAAACUUGUAAUGUAACUUAUAAUGUAACUGUAAUAAAUUUUAUAUAGGUAAGACAAAUAUAAAUUUUAAAAUAAGAUAUAAUGAACACAUUUCUGAAAUAAAAUUUUAAAAAACUGCCUCUAAUUCAAAUUAAUUCAAUUUUAGAAGAAUUAAAUGUACACAGUAAAAUAAAGAAAAAUAAUUUGAAUAAUAUUUUAAAUGCACAAACCGACUUUCAAAAUAAUAUCUUAUAUUAAUAUAUUUUAGGUAACAAAUAAUUUAUAUUUCUUAACAUAAAUAAUAAUAACUAAUUUUAAAUAGUCUCUCCUAUUAAAAUAAAUUAUUUCUAUGUAAAACUACCAAUUUGUAUAAUAUUUUUUUCUAUGUAUUCCUUCGUUUAAUUUUUUAUAUUCAAUCGCGUUUUACAUUUUCACUGUGAUAUACCUGAUAAUAAAUUUUUAUCAUAAUAUUCCAGGCGAAGCAUUCAUUCUUUUAUUUAUUAUUUUUUAUUUUUAUAUUUACAUUUUUUAUUUAUAUAUUUAUUAUAUUUGAAAAUAUAUAAUGGAUUGCACAUAUUUUAACUAUUCAAAUUUGAAUUCGUUUCCAUUGUGUUUUUUUUUUUUUAAAUAUGUCAUAAUUAAAAUAAUAUGUAUUGCAAUACACUUUUUAUCAAGUUUUUUACAUAUUUAUAUUGUAAUUUUUUUCAGGUCAAAAGGUCAUGUGGGAACAACAUCUAAGUUUCGUUCUUUCAGUGAUACAUUUACUCAAAGGUUUCAAAAUAAAAGUCCUUUCUUCUCGUGGUGUUAAAAAACCACAAACCAUUGACUGCAAAAGUUAAAUAUUAUGGUCAGUGGUUUUGGUGGUCUGUAGUUAUAAUUUAUGUUUUUCAUAAAUUUGCCUUAACAUUAUUUCCAACUAAAAAAUGUAUACAUACCAAUAUAUUAAUUGAUCAUCACAAAUAAACAUUAAGAAAUUAAUUAGUUUUGAAAAUUUAAAUUUAAAUUUUUAAUUAAAAAUUGUUUUUUCUUUUCUUUUUUUUAAGUGCUUUUUUCGUUAUUGUAUCUUAUUUCUGUUGAUAAUGGAUUAAAGUCACUUAACAUCUAGUUCUAGUCUCAAGUUAAUAUUUAUAUUUUAAUUGUUAAGUUUAAUUUGUUCAGUGUUAUGUGCUGAAAAAAAAUGUCAUAUUUGUAUUUUAUUAUAGAAGGCUGUGGAUGUAAUAUAAUUAUGUAAGAAAAUAAAACUUUAAUAAUUUCGGCAAACAGGGAUAAUGGCCUCCAGCUAUUUUAAUUAUAUAUAUUUUUUAAAGUUAAUUAAUAAUAAAGAUUGUAUUUGGAACUGAUUUAUAAUACGAAGAUUUAUAGUGUUUGUUUAAAUAUUUUGUUCUUUAAUUGUGUAUGCCAACAAGGAAUAACCUUGUAAACAUUUUUGAUGUUUUUUCUGUUAAAUUUAAAAUUAAUAAAUUGAUUUAUUAUAUUUUAGAUCUAAUUCAGUUCCUAGUUCAAUCAUUUUACGUAAUAUUAUUCAUAUUCCUUUAUAACAUUUAUAUACAUAUAUAUAUGCAAUAUAUAUAUAUUGCAUUACUAAGUUAUUUUUCUGCAUUGUAAUUUGAUGAAAUGGAUUUAGUUUAAUAUUAUUCUUUUAAUUCCACUAUUAAUUUAUACAUUUAUUAUUAUUG